AUGGUCAUAACAUACAGAGCUAAUAAUCUAUUGUUUUUUGUAAAUGAUUCUCUUUCUCAAAAUGAAUUCUCCGCCCUCCGCCUGAAUCGAACACGAUCGUCCACGGAAUUCCGAUCUCGAAGGGCUAGGUUUAGGUGUAGGUCUUCUUCACGAAUGGAAGCGUCUGGUGGAAAUUCGGACGCUAACAGGAGUUCUUUAUCUUCUUCUUCUUCUUCAAGUACCUCCGCUCAUUCUAGAAGAAAUGGGAUGAAUAUCUCUACUUCUAACAUUCUACAAUCACCCCUGUCCACCUUAUUGGAGUACACUGGGAUUCUCAGAACAAGGUCGGGUCAUUCAGAAUCGGAAGGUUUACUCAAUGGUGGACCCCUCAUCGGCUAUCGAGAUCGCCACCUCCAGACGCAUCUAAAUGACACUAUAACCUCCCCGACUGCAAACCGUGGUGACGAGGCAGCUGAAGUUUCCAUUAGAAUCAUUGGCCCCAAUGAACACGAGCAUGACAGGGUUGCAACCAUGGUACACCCGGUGUCCACUGUUGGGCAGCUUGGUAUACAGACGGAGUCCUUUUCAAGGCCUAUUUCAAGGUCGGGGUCUGGGGUUUCAGAGCUGUCCUCAUUGGAAAGCCAAGUUGAUUCAAGAAGUGAUAGAGAGGCAGGAGAUGGAGUUACGCGGGUGGCGAGUGCUGAUGGUUCUGAGGGAGCUGGCAAUACCAGGGAUGCACAGUCUUCAUACCAGAGAUAUGAUAUUCAGCAGGCUGCUAGAUGGAUCGAGCAGGUCCUUCCUUUCAUAUUGCUUCUGUUGAUUGUAUUCAUACGUCAGCACGUGGAAGGAUUCAUCGUUACCAUUUGGAUUGCUGCCUUUAUGUUUAAGUCGAAUGAUAUUGUUCGGAAGCAGACGGCACUCAAAGGUGAGAGGAGAGUAUUUGUUCUCAUAGGUGUGGUUGUUGUUUCCACGCUUCAUAUUGUUGGGAUUUACUGGUGGUAUCGGAAUGAUGAUGUGCUAUACCCUUUGUUGAUGCUGCCACCAAGAACCAUACCGCUUUUCUGGAAUGCAAUGUUCAUCAUUGUCGUCAAUGAUACACUGGCCCGUCAGGCCGCAAUGGUUUUCAAGUGUGUCCUAUUGAUAUAUUACCGAAACAGCAGAGGGAGAAACUAUCGUAGGCAAGGUCAAAUGCUAACAUUAGUCGAGUACCUAUUUUUGCUUUACCGUGCACUGCUACCUGCUCCAGUUUGGUAUCGUUUCUAUUUGAACAAAGAAUAUGGGAGCCUUUUCUCGUCACUGAUGACUGGACUUUACCUGACUUUCAAACUUACAUCUGUUGUUGAGAAGCUCUUAACUAAGCUCGAUUCGUUGAGGCUCGAGCUUGACUUGGCAGCUGAAGUUUCCAUUAGAAUCAUUGGCCCCAAUGAACACGAGCAUGACAGGGUUGCAACCAUGGUACACCCGGUGUCCACUGUUGGGCAGCUUGGUAUACAGACGGAGUCCUUUUCAAGGCCUAUUUCAAGGUCGGGGUCUGGGGUUUCAGAGUUGUCCUCAUUGGAAAGCCAAGUUGAUUCAAGAAGUGAUAGAGAGGCAGGAGAUGGAGUUACGCGGGUGGCGAGUGCUGAUGGUUCUGAGGGAGCUGGCAAUACCAGGGAUGCACAGUCUUCAUACCAGAGAUAUGAUAUUCGCAGGCUGCUAGAUGGAUCGAGCAGCACGUGGAAGUCGAAUGAUAUUGUUCGGAAGCAGACGGCACUCAAAGGUGAGAGGAGAGUAUUUGUUCUCAUAGGUGUGGUUGUUGUUUCCACGCUUCAUAUUGUUGGGAUUUACUGGUGGUAUCGGAAUGAUGAUGUGCUAUACCCUUUGUUGAUGCUGCCACCAAGAACCAUACCGCUUUUCUGGAAUGCAAUGUUCAUCAUCGUCGUCAAUGAUACACUGGCCCGUCAGGCCGCAAUGGUUUUCAAGUGUGUCCUAUUGAUAUAUUACCGAAACAGCAGAGGGAGAAACUAUCGUAGGCAAGGUCAAAUGCUAACAUUAGUCGAGUACCUACUUUUGCUUUACCGUGCACUGCUACCUGCUCCAGUUUGGUAUCGUUUCUAUUUGAACAAAGAAUAUGGGAGCCUUUUCUCGUCACUGAUGACUGGACUUUACCUGACUUUCAAACUUACAUCUGUUGUUGAGAAGGUCCAAUCGUUUAUCACUGCUUUGAAAGCACUUUCAAGGAAAGACAUCCAUUAUGGAACCUAUGCAACAACUGAACAGGUGACUGCGGUAGGAGAUUUGUGUGCCAUUUGCCAGGAAAAAAUGCAUGCUCCAGUUCUUCUACGCUGCAAGCACAUAUUCUGUGAGGACUGUGUGUCUGAAUGGUUGGUUUUGUCCUGUUUCUUGUUUUGAAACUACAGCUUUUAAGUUUUAACAACUCAUAUCAAAUAGAUGAAUGUAAUUUUCUGUCCUUCGUUUUUUCUGAUAUUCCAAGAAACUAGUAAAAUAUUCAUCCCAUUCUGAAAAUAUCUUAAAUUAAGGUGGAUAGUGAUUAGAUGUUGAUAGGAAAACAUGAUACAGGAAUUUUUAAUAAUCCUAGCGUCCCAUACUUGAAAUGAAUAUGUUAUCAAGUCCUGCCACCAUGAGUUUUGAUGUCAUUUUCUCAUUCAUUCUAGUCCUACGAUUAAUUUUCUUUGUCUAGAUUCAUUGAGUUUCAGCUAGUAUUGUCUCUUGGAAGCAAUAAACUAAGAGAAUAGUUAAUCAUUAUAUUUAAAAGCUUAAGAGCACCAUGGGUAAAUAUUUGCCUUGCAAUCACAUGCGUGGAGCUGGCACUUUCAUUUCUACCUGUUCUAUUUUGAAUUUCCUCGGUUGAAUUUGUAGGCU